GACAAAAACCACACCAAAACCAAGUCUCUCCCUACAUUUUCCCCAACUCAUAGUUUCUACGAAAUCUCUUCGAGGAUCGCACCGACACCGACUUGAAAGCAAAAACUCAAGAUGUCGGACGUAGAAGAGACAACCGCCCCCGAGGUCGCUGAGGAGGUUGAGGUUUCGGCCGAUGCCUCCAAGGGCUCCAUGUCCGUUCUGGACGCCCUCAAGGGUGUCCUGAAGCUGGCCCUGAUGCACGACGGUCUUGCGCGCGGCCUGCGGGAGGCUUCCAAGGCCCUGGACCGCCGCCAAGCGCACAUGUGCGUCCUGAACGAGGCCUGCGAGGAGGAGGCAUACAAGAAGCUGGUCAUUGCUCUGUGCUCCGAGCACAAGAUCCCUCUGAUCAAGGUCCCCGACGGCAAGCAGCUCGGCGAGUGGGCCGGUCUCUGCGUCCUGGACCGCGAGGGCAACGCCCGCAAGGUUGUCAACUGCUCCUGCGUCGUUGUCAAGGACUGGGGUGAGGAGUCGCAGGAGCGCUCCGUCAUCCUCAACUACUUCCAGACCGAGCAAUAAAUGCUUAUUUCUUGCACCGAGCGGACACAAAAAGGGUUCUUUUUCUUCUGGGGGGCGUUUGAUAACCGGGGGAUACAUAGAGACGCGAUGGGUAUAUCGAGUCGCAACGACAACGGUUCGGAUGCACUUUAGCUUCUUUCAAAGCUGGCAUCGGAAUAGGUCCCGGAUGGGCGCAUUGUCCUAAGACUAGGACACCCUUGCAUUCGGGUUCGGAAGAAACAAAUAAAAAAUUCCACCAAAAAAGACAACCGAGAGUGGCAGCCCUAAUUUUGAUGGGCGAGGGGAGCCGCGACCCGAGAGCCAUGGCCCAUCAUAUAUGCAUGUGCCCGCUGUGACCUGCUCUUAGUUCAGGC